CCAGACUGAGCAGCAGUGAGUCCAAGAUCGAGAUGCUGAUGUCUCUGGAAACUCGACUGACUGCCACCGAGAGCAAAACACGUGACCUAGAAACAGAGAAUGCAGAGAGGAAGGUGGCCUUUUACACAGGUCUGACUGAUUCAGGAAGUGUUGGACCAUUCGAUACAGACACCACACUGAAAUACAGAAAAGUCUUCACCAACAUCGGCGAUGCUUACAAUCCAUCUACAGGUUUCUUCACAGCUCCAGUCAGAGGGGUCUACUACUUCCAGUUCACUCUGUGUGGUGGCCAAACAGGUUUGAUGGGUGUACAGGUGUUCAAGAACAACCAGAGGAUCAUGUGGAAUGCGGAGAAUAAGGAAGAAGGAGGUGAGGAAUACAUGACUAACUCUGUUGUCUUGGAGCUGAUGGCAGGAGAUCAAAUCCACCUCGUUCUCCCAUGGGGCUAUACUCUAUGGGACACUUCAAACAACUACAACACCUUCAGUGGCUCCUUCCUCUUCACACUGUGAGGAUCCUUCAGCUGCUGUCUGACUCCUUAUUGGCUACACUGUAAUUUACUGCAUGUACCAAAUAAUGAGGUUCUGCAUCUGACUUCUCUGUUGUGUCAUCACAUGAAAGCAACAUUGAAAUAAAUCUAUGAAGCAU